CACGGAGGUCACCCAAUUCACAUCCACCCACCACACAUUGCGUACAGAGUAUUCGCGACAGGCCUUGGAGCAUCUAUGUGGUUUUUCCUGUUUUACCGAGCGCGAUACGACCUCCCCGUCCUGCUCGGCUUCAGACAUCCAUGGGAUCACUGA